GACACUUUGGAGGGUGUAUACCAAUUGGUGGCUAGAUGGGCGGAGUUAACCCUUGACCCGGAAAGACAGCGACCGUAUCGCCCUUUUCUCAUCUUUGGUAAUGAGCUGGCUAUGGAGAUGACAAGUAAGGAAGUGAGGCAUUGAAGCUUUAGUGUGUAGAACUCAAAAAAAAAAAAAAAUAUAACAGCGUAUCCUCCCUUCACCAACAUGGCGGCGAACAUUGGUGUUUUGUCGUUAGUGAAUCUCAGAGCGGCAGUUAGGGUGAAGAAAUGUCUGCUGGUUAACCGGAAAUCACCGGCAAUUACUGGCACGGCUCGGCGGACGGUCAUUACCACCAGCAACGGGGCCUUUCUACCGAAGCCGGACAAAGUAAGUCCCUUAUUAUAUGACUGUCACCAGCCUGGGGCUCAGUCAGAGCGGCUUGGCUGGUCACGGACUCCAUGUCACACCGAGUGCCGGAUUGCUGGUAGUCCCCUAUAACCGAGCCGGCCACUACCGAACAGCAGCUCGCUACUGACCGCCCGAAACGUGUCCGGCAAGCCGCAAUGCAGCGAGCUGAGUCAGCACUAAUCGCCAUCCUGCCCCUGUAUUGCCCUGUAUGGGGAGAGAGCUGGGGGAAGACAUGCUGCUACCUGUGUACACACUGAAUAACUACCACAGACUGCCCACUACAACAACCACCUACCUUCCUUUACAGAAUAGAUGGGGGUUACAUAUAUAGGGGAGUGGGGGGCUAAAGGAUAGUUUGUGAUGUAUGAAAUAAGGAAUAAUGAUACAUAUUCUAUGAGUGUAGUUGAAAUAGAAAGUUAUAAGGAUGGGAGAGAAAUGAAAAUAUAAAGUUGUGCGUUUAAACCCUUAAAGGACCACUAUAGGCACCCAGACCACUUCCACUUAAUGAAGUGGUCUGGGUGCCUGGUCCAUCUAGGGUUAACCCUGCCUGCUGAAACUGCUAUGUUUACAUAUGGGUUCAUCCAGCCUCUAGAGGCUGUUUCACAGUGAGAAGACACCAGCAUCCAUAGAAAAGCAUUGAGAAUGCUUUCCUAUAGACUGACUGCCCUUGCCGCGCAUGCGCAUUCAGCCGAUAACGUCGGAAGGAGUAGGAGUGUUACCCAGCGCUGGAGAAAGGUAAGUGUUUAACCCCUUCCUCCCCCUAGAGUUUUCCUGGCACUAUAGUGGUCCUUUAAAGCUGCCUGCCCAGGCAGUCACCCUGCGGCAAAUCAGACCACUGUGAUCAGCAAUAGCUGGCCAUACAUCUGCCUGCAGGUGGAUUGCCUGGGCUGUCAAGCAGUCCCCCAACUGCUGAAAAAUAAAAAAAUAUAUAGCUAUCUUACCUUGAAUGAUGCACCUGUGACAGGUAGGGGUGCAAAAUCAGGGAGUUGGCCUGGAUGUCAAUGUUGCUAGAGUAGCCCCUGCCAAGUAUGGAAAAUAUUGACAUUGUGGCAGCAUUAUGCCAGGGCUUAACAAAUUUGUUUGGAGUCAACUAAACAAAUUAGGAGACUGGAUUUUCAAGUGCAAAAAUACAAUUCCUAAAGGGACACUAUAGUUACCAAAACCACUACAGCUUAAAGGACCACUAUAGUGCCAGGAAAACACACUCGUUUUCCUGGCACUAUAGUGCCCUGAGGGUGCCCCCACCCUCAGGGUCCCCCUCCCGCCCGGCUCUGGAAGGGGGAAAGGGUUAAAAACUUACCUUUUUCCAGCGCUGGGCGGGGAGCUCUCCUCCUUCUCUCCUCCUCCUGGGCUGAAUGCGCACGCGCGGCAAGAGCUGCGCGCGCAUUCAGCCCGUCGCAUAGGAAAGCAUUUGCAAUGCUUUCCUAUGGACGCUUGCGUGCUCUCACUGUGAAAAUCACAGUGAGAAGCACGCAAGCGCCUCUAGUGGCUGUCAAUGAGACAACCACUAGAGGAUUAGGGGGAAGGCUUAACCCAUUCAUAAACAUAGCAGUUUCUCUGAAACUGCUAUGUUUAUAAAAAAAAAAAAAAUGGGUUAACCCUAGAAGGACCUGGCACCCAGACCACUUCAUUAAGCUGAAGUGGUCUGGGUGCCUAGAGUGGUCCUUUAAUGUAGUUAUUCUUAAGCCUUUAGCCUGUCAGUGCAGCAUUGUCAAUGUAAACAAUGUCUUUUCAGACAAAAGGCAUGUUUACAUUGCUGCCUAGUAACUGCCUCUAGAGGCACUUCCUGGGUAAGUGCUGCACACUGUUGCUCUGCAUGGAGGUGCUUAAUGCUCCCCAUGAGGUGGAAGCAUUGGAUUGGCUGAGAUCAUAAAAAAUUAUUGAACGCCGCCAUGGAGGUGCGGCAGGCCGUGACGAGAGCAGCAUGGUGUGAAAAUUUGCAUUCCUGGGCUUCUAUAUGAUCUUAAAUUCAACAUCUGGCAAUUUCAAUGAGACACUUAAUGCUCCCCAUAGGGGUGCUUUGAUUCAAUGCAUCUCUAUGAGAUGUUGAAUGGUGCAAUGUGUUUUGCUGCGCAUACACAAUAGUCUCCAAAUGCUUUCUUAUGGGAAAGCGUUGGAUCAGCUGAGAUUGUCAAGACUGAUGAUCUCUGCUAUGGCAAGACCGCCAGAUGGAAAAAGGGUGAGUAAAAGCAUCUCUCUCAUGUGAUGGAUGGAGGCAGGUCACCUAAACACACACUCGCUGACACAGACACACACAAGUUACAAUUUUAUUUUAUUUAAAUUUGCUCACCCGGCCUCCCUGCGUUUUGAGAGAACUAGGGUCCAGUGUGGCUGUGCUGAUAAUCUCCCUGCUCAACGCUUGCUGUUUCGUAAUCCGGGCCCAGAAUUACGUCACAUUCCCACUGCCAUCAUCACUGCAGGGCGCGCGCGAGGCCUGCCUCCCUCAGCUAUUCAUGCUUCUGCCCGCCCAGCCACCUACGCUCUCCAUGCCUUCUAUCUCAGGCAUAUAGAAGCCCAGGAAUGCAAAUUUUCACACCAUGCUGCUCUCGUCACGGCCUGCCGCACCUCCAUGGCGGCGUUCAAUAAUUUUUAUUUCAUUGCCUGAGAUCAUAAAAAUUAUUGAACGCCGCCAUGGAGGUGCGGCAGGCCGUGACGAGAGCAGCAUGGUGUGAAAAUUUGCAUUCCUGGGCUUCUAUAUGAUCUUAAAGGCAACAUCUGGCAAUUUCAAUGAGACACUUAAUGCUCCCCAUAGGGGUGCUUUGAUUCAAUGCAACUCUAUGAGAUGUUGAAUGGUGCAAUGUGUUUUGCUGCGCAUACACAAUAGUCUCCAAAUGCUUUCUUAUGGGAAAGCAUUGGAUCAGCUGAGAUUGUCAAGACUGAUGAUCUCUGCUAUGGCAAGACCGCCAGAUGGAAAAAGGGUGAGUAAAAGCAUCUCUCUCAUGUGAUGGAUGGAGGCAGGUCACCUAAACACACACUCGCUGACACAGACACACACAAGUUACAAUUUUAUUUUAUUUAAAUUUGCUCACCCGGCCUCCCUGCGUUUUGAGAGAACUAGGGUCCAGUGUGGCUGUGCUGAUAAUCUCCCUGCUCAAAGCUUGCUGUUUCGUAAUCCGGGACCAGAAUUACGUCACAUUCCCGCUGCCAUCAUCACUGCAGGGCGCGCGCGAGGCCUGCCUCCCUCAGCUAUUCAUGCUUCUGCCCGCCCAGCCACCUACGCUCUCCAUGCCUUCUAUCUCAGGCAGCUGGUCACCUCAGGGGCUGAACGGGCUCACAAAUCCCAGGACAAGGACAAAUGGAGACUUAGUUACAGUAUAUGAUCAUACAUUGCAUUGCCAUGGCCUGGCGCCCAGGAUAUUUGCAUCCAGCUCCCAAGGCUAAUGGAGGGCUAAAGCAGGCAGUAAGCUGACUGAAUGUUUAGGUGGCGAGGGACGGAGCUGCCAUCAACCUGCUCUGCUUCCUCGUGCACCCUGAUAGUUUGUGAGUGUGUGAGCAGGAAGAUCACAGCUCCCUCGCUGCCUCCGCAAUCAGUGAGCCACACUGAUUUGUUAUGAUCCAUGCAUUACUACUCAUUGCUCUUAGAUUGCUUGUUUGACCUCACCGCCUGUGCAGUUCGGAGUUUGAAAAUACACAUAUGUAUGCAUGUGUAUGUACACUAAAUGUUUGCAUCUUUCUCUUCCAGGUGAGUUUUGGUCUUCUUAGGGUGAUUUCGGUGGUGAUACCCUUUUUAUACGUAGGAACACUCAUCAGCAAGAACUUUGCUGCAUUGCUGGAAGAACAUGAUAUCUUUGUUCCAGAGGAUGAUGACGAUGAUGACUAAAUGGUAAUUUGGCCAAAAAAAUGUAUUUAAAUUGUCAUUUAUGUAAAAUAUCAUCAUUACAAUGUAAACAAAGUAUAUGCUAAAAGCAAAAAGAGAAAAUUAGGACAGCGCUAUCAAUUGCAGAUGUGCACACUAACUGCUACAUAAAUGUUUAUUGAAGAACAGAAAGUACAAACGUUUCCAAAAUCUCCCCUUUCUCAAUGAAAGUCCAAUUGAUAGCGCUGCCCACAUUUUUUUUUUCUUUUUGCUUUUUGUCCCUUUGUAACAGUAAAAUUGGUGGUAUCUGCAAAUAUUUUUUGAUGAGGUCCAUUGAAUUAAAAUGACGACAAUUUAAAUAUGUUAAUAUUAUGUUAUGUUACUUAGUUUUCGUGCAACACUUACGAAACGUGUGUGGUGUUUUUUUAUUUAUUUAUUUUAUUUUAUUUUUGAUACCCACAAAUAUUCAUCAGGCAUACAUAGAUAACAACCCCCCCCCCAUAUUUACCCAACAAAUACAAAUACUUGCAACACACUGUGAUGAUAUAACUGCUGCCAGGACUUGCGUGGGCUGCACUGAUGUCAUUACAUCACCACGCAACGCCUCGCUAUGGGGACAGUUCAACGAUCCAAAUACACCCGCUUGUGCUGACAAAAACACAGAAGAUGAUCUGUGUAAACAUAAAUAAGAGGAAAGGGGUUAACCUUACCUUUUUUCCAGCGCCGGGCGGGGAGCUCUCCGCCUCCGAUCCUCCUCUUCGGCAGGAGCUGCGCGCGCAUUCAGCCGGUCUCAUAGGAAAGCAUUCACAAUGCUUUCCUAUGGACGCUGACGCCUUCUCACUGUGAUUUUCACAGUGAGAAGCACGCAGACGCCUCUAGCGGCUGUCAAUGAGACAGCCACUAGAGGCUUUAGAGGCUGGAUUAACCCUAUUAUAAACAUAGCCGUUUCUCUGAAAUGCCUAUGUUUAUUUAAAAAAAAAAAAAAAAGGGGGGGGGGUUAAUCCUAGAGGGACCUGGCACCCAGACCACUUCAUUAAGCUGAAGUGGUCUGGGUGCCUAGAGUGGUCCUUUUAAAAAGCUCUAUUUUAGGAGCCUGGACGGAACAAUCCCCAUCUAAGGACUUCUUUUUGCUGGUAUUAGAUUCCCAAGGAAGUGUGGUUCAUCAUGUGAAAAAAAUAAGGAUGUAUACCAAUGGUACAGUACGUAUGUAAAAGUAGGAAAAGUAAAUAUUUGACCUACUUACAUUUGCUAGAGCAAUGACCUGCUCUAGUGUAUGGAGCUUUUAGGUGGAACAAUCCCCACCUAGGGAUAUAUGUAGUCCGGAACAGCAGAGUGAUGGUGAGAGUAUAAGGAGCUCAAGAGUGACUGGUAUUAAAACAGAAUCUUUAUUAAUAAACAGAAUGAAUAAAACUAUUUAAAAGUGAACUAUAUAGUAAAAAGAACUAUAAAUAAAACCAGUCCUUGUAGGCAAUCCUUAAUCCCUUAAGGACACAGCUUCAGAAGCUUGACUUACGCUUAAUGACACAAGCAAUUUUUGCAUUUUCUUGCUGUUUGCGUUCAACUGCAAUUUGCAUCUCUCUCAUUUAUUGCACCGACACAUAUUAUAUACUGUUUUUUAAAGGACAGAAAGGGUUUUAAUUUGAUAUAACAUAUAUAUAUAUAAAUGCUUACUUAUUAUAAAAAAAAUACAGAAAAAUGCAAAAAAAAAUGAAAAAUAUUGGUUUUUUUACAGUUUUUGCAAUAAUAAUGUGUGCAUAAUUAGUGCAGGUUAAGGAAAGUAAUUAAAAAUAAAUUUAUUUAUUUGUUCUGAUUUACAGAAUAUAUAAUGUGUCUGGGAUUUUAAGUUUUUUUUGGUAGUUACAGGUCACAAAGCAAAAGGAGUAAAAUAAACUUUUAAUGUGGAGCGAUUUUAGAAUUUGGUAUGUUUGCCACACAAAAGUAUAUAUUUAUAUAAAGUAGACAUCACAGGCUAUUUACCUAAGGUUGUUUUGACACUUUCUACGUAGCCAUUUCACCGCCAACCUCUGCUAAAUAUUGGAGUAAAACUGUGUUCUUUUUGGUUUUUGGCACACAAACUUAUAACAGAGAAAUUCUCGUGUAUAUUUUGUAAAGUUGGUGUGUGCUAUUCCUGUACAAAGUUUUAUUUUGUGUUCAGUUACAUCUGCUGAGUAAAAUGACACCCCCAUUGUAUGUCUGUGCCUUAACAUGCCCCCAUUUUUUCACCAAUAUAUGCCAAAGUAUGUGGUAAAAAAUAAUUUUGUGCAUUUUUUACAUACGGAUUGCAUUUUUGCUGGGCGUUUUGUAUAUUUCAUAUGUGCCACUAAGUUCAAACUCCCCAAAUUAUGCUCAGCUAAGUCUUCUGAGUAAAAUGGCACCCCAUAUGAAUGUCUUUGGCACUAUUUCGUGAAGCUACAGUGCCAUAUAGGAGACCAAGCCAUAUCCGUUUUUACCAAACUUUGAAUUUUGACGCUGGGCCUAUGUGCAAUUUCCAAGCAUCUUCGCAGGUUUUAAAUUAAAACUACCCCACAAAGGCCUACCAUUUCUUAAAGUAGACACCCCAGGGUGUUUCAAAAGGUAUAGUUUGAACCUUAGCGUGGGAUCAUUUUUCCGCUAGCUUGUACCAGAUGUAGUGGUAAUAAGCGUUUUUUCUGCCUUUUGACAUACAAAGUGAGUUUGCACAGUAUAUUUUGCAAACCUUAUGUGUGCUACCACUGUAUAAUACUUCAUAUGUUGCUCAGCUAUGUUGGCUGAGUACAGCAAUACCCCCGUAUGUACCUUUGCCAGGUAUAUGUGGACAUCGGAGGGGCACAUUUGGGACACAGCCAUUCCAGUUUUUUCAAACUUUGAAUUUUUAUGCUGUGCCUAUGUCCCAUUUUAGAGUAUUUUACCAGGCUAUAUAAUCCAAAUUCCCCAUAAAGCCAUACCAUUUCUUAAAGAAGACAUCCCAGGGUAUUUCAAAAGGCAUAUUUUGAACCUUAGCUUGGGAUCAUUUUUCCGCUAGCUUGUACCAAGUGUAGUGGUAAUAAGCAUUUUUUCUGCCUUUUGACAUACAAAGUGAGUUUGCGCAGCAUAUUUUGCAAACCUUAUGUGUGCUAUGACUGUAUAAUACUUCAUAUGUUGCUCAGCUAUGUCGGCUGAGUACAGCAAUACCCCCGUAUGUACCUUUGCCAGGUAUAUGUGGAUGUUGAAGUGGCGCAUUUGAGACGAAGCCAUUCAGUUUUUUUCUAACUUUGAAGUUUUACGCUGUGUCCAUGUUCCAAUUUGGAGUAGUUUAGACGGUUGGUUAUUGAAACUUCCCCACAAACACAUACUAUUUAUUAAAGAAUACACCCUGGGGUAAUUCAAAAGGCAUGUUUUGAACCUUGGCGUGGGAUAAUUUUUUCUCUAGUUUGCUCCAGGUGUAGUGGUAAUGAGCGUUUUUUAAAAUGUAUUUUUUUACUUUUUAUAACUUUUUUACUUUUAAAAACUAGUUUUUAAACUUUUGUUUUGCUUAUAAAUUUUUUUUAAACUUUCCUAAACUUUUCUUAAAACUUUUUUACAGAUUUAACAUUUUUCUAAGCUUUUUUUUUUUACCGUUAACCCCUAACUAGCAGUACGCAGCAGUAACAGUAAAUUCCCCAUUUUCCCAUAACUCCCACCCACCCCAGCUAGCAAAAUAUAUAGUUAUAAAAUAUUUUAAUUAAUUAAAUAAAUUGAACCCCUGAGGGUUAAAAAAUAAAUAAAAAGUUAAUCCUCAGGGGUUAAAAAAAAAAUUAGAUCACAGUAUAAUACUGUGAUCUCUAUUUGAUCGCUGUAGGCAGUGAUCGACUGGCAGGGAAGGGGUUAAUUUUUAUUUGGACUAGGUAAAGUGUGUUUUUUUUGUUUUUUUUUACUUAAAUGUUAUUAAAACAUUUUUUUAAACUUAAUUUUUAACUUUUUAAAGUUUCUUUUAAAACUUUUUUAACGUUAACCCCUAGUUAGCCUAACGCCAAAUCCCCCAAUUCCCCACUAACUUCCACCCACCCCAGCUAUCUAAAUAUAUAAGUAAAAAAUAAUUUAAUUAAUUUAAUUACUUUAACCCCUGAGGGUUAAAAAAAAAAGAAUUAACCCUCAGGGGUUAAAAAAAUAAAAUCAGAUCAUAGUAAAAUGUAAUCCCUGCCAAUUGAUCACUGUAGUCAGUGAUCAAUUGGCAGGGAAGGGGUUAAUUUUUUAUUAAAAUGGGUAAGGGGGGGGACUUUAAAUAAACUUUAUUUAUUUUUUACAGCAGGGGGCAGGAUCAGCACUGAUCCGGCUCCCUGCACUUCACACAGAACCCGGAAGUGCAGGGAGCCGGUAGGUGAGUAUAGAGAGCACAUGUGCUCGCUCAGACUUGUGGUCAGAGCGAGCACAUGUGCUGGGCAGACUGACCGGGUGCUCCCGGUAUGCCUCCAAUGCAGAGGCAUACCGGGAGCACCAUUAACCCCGCGAUCGCCGCAAUAGCGGCGAUCCGGGGUUAAUUUUACCGCGUGACGGACGAGGUCCGUCACCCGUCGUUAAGGGUCUCCCCUGUGUGACGGACAUCGUCCGUCACCCGUCCUGAAGGGGUUAAUCUCCACUUGACAUGUUUUGCUUACAGCUUUCUCAAAAGUGAAUGUCUGCUGUUCAGGUCAGUUGAUGUUUAAAUAGUCUCUUAAUUUCUCUAUUCAGUUCUGGUGUGUAUAGUCUGUAAUUCUGGUUCCAGGUCAUUUGUUACAUCACUUCCAGUUUGGUGGAUAUCUCCAUGAUGAUAUGUCCAGGAAGUGAUAGUAGCGCCAUUUUGGAUAAGGGCAAAAGUCCAGUAAACUAAGUGAUAGUAGUGCCAUUUUGGAUAAGGGCAAAAGUCCAGUGAACCAAGUCUAUACUUCUGGUUUCGGGUCAUUCGUUACAUCACUUCCGGUUUGGUGGGUGUCUCCAUAAUGGUGUAUACAGGAAGUGAUGGUAACGCCAUUUUGCAUAAUGGCAAAAGUCCAGUAAGAAAAAGAAGAGUUAAUAUAAAAGUGAAUUAAAACAAACAAUUCAAGGUGUAAUCUUGCAUAUAUAAUUAUAGAGAUCAUAAAAGUGCUUAAUGCUGAAUAGGGAUCGCCUUAUAUCACAUGUAUUUACACAGCGAUCUCUUCUAAAUAGUACUGGAACUAGUCUGGAUGUAUAUAAUAGAAAUCCAAAGUUUUAAGAUAAUAUAUGUAUAAAAUAAAUCAGUCAAAGGAAAUUUGGUUAAAAAAGGGGAAAGAUUAUAUACACAAAUGAAUUAUAAAAAAACAUAUUUAAAAAUAAAAUAAAAUAAAUUCUAUAUUGUUGUACAGAUGAUAGUACAAUUUUACAAUCCAAACAUUUUAUGAUUGAUUUGUGAAGAUAUUGUGCAUAACUUUAAAAAGUGUAUUAUAAAAAGUAUAUUAGUACUAUUUAGAAGAGAUCGCUGUGUAAAUACAUGUGAUAUACGGCGAUCCCUAUUCAGCAUUUAGCACUUUUAUAAUCUCUAUAAUUAUAUAUGCAGAAAAUAUGCAAGAUUACACCUUGAAUUGUUUGUUUUAAUUCACUUUUAUAUUAACUCCUCUUUUUCUUACUGGACUUUUGCCAUUAUCCAAAAUGGCGUUACCAUCACUUCCUGUAUACACCAUUAUGGAGACACCCACCAAACCGGAAGUGAUGUAACGAAUGACCCGAAACCAGAAGUAUAGACUUGGCUCACUGGACCUUUGCCCUUAUCCAAAAUGGCGCCACUAUCACUUAGUUCACUGGAUUUUUGCCCUUAUCCAAAAUGGCGCUACUAUCUCUUCCUGGACAUAUCAUCAUCAUCACCAAACCGGAAGUGAUGUAACAAAUGACCUGGAACCAGAAUUACAGACUAUACACACCAGAACUGAAUAGAGAAAUUAAGAGACUAUUUAAACAUCAACUGACCUGAACAGCAGACAUUCACUUUUGAGAAAGCUGUAAGUGAAACAUGUCAAGUGGAGAUUAAGGAUUGCCUACAAGGACUGGUUUUAUUUAUAGUUCUUUUUACUAUAUAGUUCACUUUUAAAUAGUUUUAUUCAUUCUGUUUAUUAAUUAAGAUUCUAUUUUAAUACCCAGUCACUCUUGAGCUCCUUAUGCUCUCACCAUCACUCUGCUCUUCCGGAUCUACAUAUAUCCCUAGGUGGGGAUUGUUCCACCUAAAGCUCCAUACACUAGAGCAGGUCAUUGCUCUAGCAAAUGUAAGUAGGUCAAAUAUUUACUUUUAUAUACGUACUGUACCAUUGGUAUACAUCCUUAUUUUUUUCAUAUGAUGAACCACACUUACUUGGGAAUCUGAUACCAGCAAAAAUAAAUCCUUAGAUGGGGGAUUGUUCCGUCCAGGCUCCUUAAAAAAAAAAAAAAAAAUUUUAAGCUCUGGAAAACAGUAAGACACAUAAUUGUGAAAUCUGCUGCUACUUGUGUAUGUAUGAUUUUAUAAUAAUUCUUAGUGCUGUCCACCUAAUUUACUAGCUUGUUAAAUGCAAACUUCAGACUGAUAUAAUUAUCAGUAUUCAAAUGAAUGACAGAUCCACUCCAAAUGAUCAACAGAUCAUCAAUGCAGCUUUAAUACAAACUUAUAUUUGACAUGUGAACUAAAGUACCUCCAGCGAUGCGAGACUCCUUCCACCACCCCAUAUAGAGGUUGGCUUACGAGGUGGCUAAUUUAGCCCCCCAGCGCUGCCCUCCUCUUUGUAGGUAAAAUGUGCUAUCAAGCUGAAAACAUUAUGAAGCACGAGAAACCAAAUAGAGUCCAAAAUGAAUAUUUUCAGAGGUUUUUGUUUUUUUUGUAUUUAGAGUAACAGUCAAGAUGAUACCUUAUGUGCCCUUAUCAUGUGUAAUGCAGGGAUAGAAGGAAGACUAUUGGUUAUCAGUGUUAGCCAGUGUAUCUAUGGAUUUUGUGCAUUUGUGGAUUUUUCAAAAUCUGUAUGUAUACGUAAAAUAUAUAUACUUUUUUUUCUGUAUUGUUUAACUGACUUUAGAUCUCUUGUUCUCUUUUCAGGUUGUAUGCUUUUUCCUGAGAAGGCAGUCGUAUUUUCAGCCUGAAUGGGAUGCCUAUAUUUGCAUUUUACUAAAUUAUUCUGCAUAUAUAAAUGUGUAUUGAUCUUGGGUAUUCUUUCUGUUCUUUGGUAAAUAAGGCAUGUAAUUCAAGAUUAAUCAAUAAAGAUAUAUUAUGCACUUUAAAAA